CAAAUUAUUAACUUCGAAUCGAUAAAAGGUGCUGAAAACAUUGUGAAAAAGUCUUAUGGUGGUUGUGGGCUGGGAAAAGCGAACCAGUAAGGAAAGUUAUCGACGUCGUCUAUGAAGUGAAAAGUUCCGCGCUGAAUUGAAAUCGAUUCUCAAAAAAUAAUAAUCUAAACAAAAAGUUUCAAUGAAAUUCCUCUAAUAAUUCAAUAAACUUAUUUAUUAUUCAGUUUGACAAAUAAGAAAGUGCCUGAAUUAAGAAUUAAAGACGCCAAAUACAAAUCUUCGCAUAUCUUAUCAACAAUUUUUUAUCGUAAUUGCGUUGUGACUAAUAUCGAGUGACUUUUCAUACACAAAAAGUCUUCAAAACUUGCUGAAAAUAUGUCUGUAGCACCAAAACUUCUUCAAAAAAUUGAAAUUCAUACAUCAGACGUGACUUGUGUCGAUUUCUAUGGAAGUUCAUUAUUGGUGACCGGUUCAAGUGACAAGACAGUUCGACUCUUCCGAUGGGAAGUCGGUUCAGGAUUUAUUGAAGAUGAACAUUCUCCUUAUUUAGGACAUAAAUAUGCAGUAACAAGCACUACAUUCUCACCAAAGGUAACAAUAAUAAAAAAUAAGCGAAUUCACAUGUAGAUUGAUAUAAUUAACUUGCUAUCAUGAUACAUGAAAGUUUACAUUCAAUGAGAAAUUAAUGAAAAAUAUUGAUGUUGUCGUUUGUGUUGUUCGUUCGCUCUUCAGCUGUUAGACGAAACUUCAACGCAUAAAAGUUUCUUUCUUCAAUCAUAUUCAGUUCAUUGUAGAGCUUAGCAAGAAACAUGUAAAUGUCCUUAACUUUAUUCCAACAUUCAAGCUUUGUUAAGAAGUUAAUUGCAAGUUCAAUCUGCUCCGAAGUUUUCUUCACAUUUUCAAGUUUCAUGUUCUUGGAAGGCGACGACGCAAUGAUUGACUGAACAAAGAGAAAGAAAAGUUUGGCCUUGUCGUAAAUUCCUCCGUUUGCGAGAAUAUUUUCCAUAUUCAAUUUCAAUAUUUUCAAUGCUUGUUGAUGCAUCUCCAUGCGAUAAAGAACAUAAGCGAUGUUCAUUUCAACAAUCGAAUGUUCGUAAUCUAAAUGUUUCUCUUCAGCGAAACUACUUGCACGAUUUAAGAUCAACAAUGAUUCGGAUGGAAUGUUGUGACGAUCGAUUAAGCUUUGAGCUUGUGCAACAAGGCCGCGAACUCUUAGAAGCGGUUCUAAUUUCUCAUCAUCUUGUGAUAAAAGUCGAUCUAAGAGACUUAAUGCAUCUGAACGAUUUCCCCUUGCAAUGUUCAUGUUUGCACGUUGCAGUAAACUCAGAUUUGGGUCUAAAUGAUAUAAAUGAUCACAUGCUAUGGAAGCAUCGCUCCAUUUCUCAUGAUAAAUUGCUUGUUGACUUGUCACAUAUUGAUUUACCAACAUCCAAUUUCGAGAGAUUGGAAAUCGUGGAAAUUUCUCUUUAGCUUUACUUAGAAUCACAGAACUUGAUAAGAAAUCGCCUUGCAUUGCCAUCCACAUUGCCAAAGUACACAAAGCUUGACAUGUUCCUUCGCCAUUGUGAGUUCGUUCCAUCGUUUUUAAGUUCGAAUUUAGUAAGAGUUGACUUGAUAGUGAAGCAAUUUCAUAUUUGCCAUAAAGUGUCCAAAGCGCAGUUCGCUCAGCGACACAAUUUGAGAUCAAAUUCACCAUCGAAUGUUGACAAUUAAGAAUGUCACUUUUAAUGAGAACAUCGAAAAGUUUUGAAGGUAAAUAACCAGAAAUUGCAGCAACUUUCACUAAUGAUUGAAUGUUGAGUGACACUGAACGUACCAAACUCAUUUCCGUCUUAUUUGCAAUGUUUUUCUCUGAUAAUUGAAAGUUUGAUUUGUCGAGUAAACAAAGCCAAAGUUGAGCAAGUUGAAGGCAAACUCGAUCACCAUUUUCUUGUGCAAUCAUUAUGCAUUCUUUCAGACAUUUAAGUGCUUCCGUGUUAUGAUCAAACAUUGUAUGAAGAACUGCAAGAUUUAGAACUGAAUAUUGAAAGUUUGACUUGCAAGUGUUUUGAUCUUGAUGAUUGUGUCCAUGUUUACCAGCAUUUCGAUCAAAUGACCUGUGUAAGGCUUCAAUGCAAUUCGGAAGAUCACGAAUUCGAAUGUUGUUAAGAUAUGACAAGAAAUAAGCUUUUGAAUAUAAUGGAGUGUAAAUUUGGACGAUUUCGUCGAUUCGCUUUUGAAGUUCUUUGGGAUUUAAAGCUUUCGUUUCAUCAUUCUCUAGAAAUGAAGUUUGCUGCGUAACAAACAGUUCUGCUUGCUUCGAUGACCAUUUAUGUUUUGUCAUCAUAGUGUCUUCAAUAUCAUCAAGAUUUGAAGUUGCUGGAGAUAUUUCCAAAGCACGAAUACCUUUUUCGUAGUAAGUUAUGAUAUUUUGA